AAUUCUGUGCCUAAUAGGGCUAUCAAUAUUUAGCUCAAUUGUUUUUCUGGUGAAUCAUUAUCUGCACCAUGCUGCUGUCUUCGCUCUUCACGAGAGCCCAGAGGUUCUCUUUGCCUGCUCUUCUGCUUCUAUUGGAACUAUUCACUAUAAACCUUCGCACCGCAGAUGCUCAAAUUGGUGUUUGUUAUGGUAUGAUGGGCAACAAUCUACCACCAGCAAACGAAGUUAUAGAUCUUUAUAGAUCAAACAACAUCAGGAGAAUGAGACUCUAUGAUCCAAAUCAAGGUGCUCUACAAGCACUUAGAAAUUCUGGCAUCGAACUAGUGCUUGGAGUGCCCAACUCCGACCUUCAAGGCCUUGCCACCAACGCUGACAAUGCACGCCAAUGGGUACAAAGGAAUGUGUUGAAUUUUUGGCCUAGUGUCAAAAUCAAGUAUAUAGCUGUUGGCAACGAAGUGAAUCCCGUUGGAGGCUCUUCUUGGCUUGCCCAAUAUGUUCUACCCGCUGUCCAAAACAUAUACCAAGCUAUAAGAGCUCAAGGCCUUCAUGACCAAAUCAAGGUCUCAACCGCUAUUGACAUGACCCUAAUAGGAAACUCCUACCCCCCAUCACAAGGUUCCUUUAGGAAUGAUGUGAGGUCAUACAUUGACCCCAUAAUUGGAUACUUGUUAUAUGCUAAUGCACCUUUAUUAGUAAAUGUCUACCCUUAUUUUAGUUACACGGGUAACCCUCGUGAUAUAUCACUUCCCUAUGCUCUUUUCACCUCUCCAAAUGUUGUGGUGUGGGAUGGUCAAUAUGGGUACCAAAAUUUGUUUGAUGCUAUGUUGGAUGCGGUGCAUGCAGCUAUUGAUAACACUGGAAUUGGGUAUGUUGAAGUUGUUGUGUCCGAGAGUGGGUGGCCCUCGGAGGGAGAUUUUGCCGCUACUUAUGAUAAUGCACGUGUGUACUUAGAUAACUUGAUUCGUCGUGCUGGAAGGGGUACCCCAAGAAGGCCUUCUAAGCCAACGGAGACUUAUUUGUUUGCUAUGUUUGAUGAGAAUCAGAAGAACCCAGAGAUAGAGAAACAUUUUGGACUCUUCUCUCCCAAUAAACAAAAGAAGUACCCAUUUGGGUUUGGUGGGAAAAGGAACAUUGAAGUUGUUGAUGAUUACAUCAAUGCAACAGUUUCCCUUAAGAGUGACAUGUGAUGUUGGAAUCCUAAUCUUAGUCCUAAAAGUCUACGUUGUUUCAUCCACAAAAUAAUUGAAAAUGUGAUGUUAAUUUGUCUGGUUUAUUAUCCUUUCUUUUUUGGAUAAUGCUAUACAAUGAGACACUUGACUACUUAUCUUAGUUAUCUAAAUUUUGUUUUACUAAUUAAUAAGUGUUU